UCUCUCUCAGAAACUUGAAAUCAUGGACCGAGGAAAUAACUCAAGAAGGAUUGAGUUUGUGUUGCACGGUCUUUCAGGUCCUCUAGAGCUACAGCUUUUCUAUUUUGCAUUUUUCACACUCUUCUAUUCAUCCAUUGUGCUGGGAAACUUCCUCAUUGUGCUCACAGUCCUCUCUGAACCUUCGCUACACACACCCAUGUACUUCCUGCUCAGCAGCCUCUCCUUCAUUGAUCUGUGUCUAUCCACCUUUGCCACUCCCAAAAUGAUUGUUGACUUCCUCAAGGAGCACAAGACCAUCUCCUUUGAGGGCUGCAUGGCUCAGAUAUUCUUUCAUCAUGCCUUUGCUGGUGGUGAAAUGAUGCUCCUUGUGGCCAUGGCAUAUGACAGGUACGUAGCCAUAUGUCGACCCCUGCACUAUGCAGCAAUCAUGAGUGUACACAAGUGUUCAGGCCUUGUCGUGGGCUCCUGGCUCACUGGGGUCCUGCAUUCAUUAAGCCAUUUGGUCUUCACAGUAAACCUUCCAUUCUGUGGUCCGAAUAAAGUGGACAGCUUUUUCUGUGGCCUUCCCUUAGUUAUCAAACUUGCCUGCACUGAUACAUAUACCCUUGAGAUACUGAUGCUUUCAGACAGUGGUCUAAUGGGUAUGAUCUCUUUUCUGCUCUUGAUCAUCUCCUACACUGUUAUCGUGGUGACUGUACGACGUCGAUCCUCAGCAGGCAUGGCCGAGGCCCGGGCCACCCUGACUGCCCAUGUCACUGCGGUGACCCUCUUCUUUGGACCUUGCAUCUUCAUCUAUGCCUGGCAUUUCAGCAACUUCCCUAUUGAUAAGUUUCUGUCAAUAUUCUAUACUGUUUUCACCCCUCUCUUAAACCCCUUGAUCUACACAUUCAGAAAUAAGGAGAUAAUAUCAGCAAUGCAGAAUCUGAGGAGGUGACAAGUAAGUUUCUAAUAGCUCAUUGGCUUUCUCUUGUGAUAAUGACAACCAUAAUAAAGACACCCACUUAUAUUGUUUGCUCUUAAAGCUAUUUGUGUUUGAACUAAGAACUUAAAUAGAUGGAGAUAAUUUCUUUUAUAUAGGCAUGGUAUUUGUUGCAAUGUGAACUCUCACUACAAAAUAUCCAGACUUAAGGACUAAAUAGUGAAUAGGUUUGGUGAACUCAUUAACUUAACUCAGAAAUCAAAUAGAUUUAUAUACUUAAUCUUGUAUGCUGCAGAUUUCACCAACUUACAAAUAAAUGUGAAAACUUGGGCCCACAAUUAAUGUCUCUUUGUCUCAGCAUAUUAAAUUGAAGUUCAGAAUUACCACUCCGAGUUAGUGGUUCAAUAAGUACACGCAAACAUGGUUAUGUCGCUCUAUGUAAAUGGAGGUUUUAUUCAAAACACUGCUAAAUAUAUGUCUUUGCUCUAUGUAUUCAUUUACUGAUCUCCAGGUCCUGCCAUCUAAUCUUCACCACCUGUCUCAGUUUUCUAGUGCUGCUAAAACAGUAAUGCCCCCAGCAGAUGGCUUCAACAAAAAGAAAUUUAUUCUCUCACAGUUUGGGAGGCUAGAAUUCUGAA